GACCCUCCUCCCUCGUCUUAUCACUUCUCCUCCUCCAAUCCGUCACAAUGGUUGUCUACUACCAGAUCGCCGGCAGGAAGGUCGGCUCCCACCACCUCGCCAUGGGCGUCUUGGGCUCUCUCUUCGGUGGUGUCUACCUCGCUACCCGCGGCGGUGGUGCCAAGAAGGAGGCUACUCCUCCCAUCCAGGCCUCUUCCAAGGACGAGGAGACUUUCAUCCAGUACGUAUUCCCUGCUCCAUGAGAGCUGGUCAAGGGAUGAUGCUUGACUUUGGACCCUGUUGCCCACCGGCCAGCCACUGGCCAAGUACACAACCGUGAUUUGUGCACACCGUGAGCUCGGACGAAGACCAAACCCGCAUCUAGGGGCGGACGAAAGAAUGCUUCCAAAGCUUGAUCCAUAUCGGCCAAGGCCCGUACGCUAACAAGCCUCGCUACAGGGACUUCUUGAAGAGUGUCAACGGGGACGAGAAGAAAAGCAGCCAUUAAAUAAACUCCGUCUAUAAUGAGGAAUGAGCCGAGGAC